ACUCGGUUUGCAUGUACUGAAAGUCAUCUGUCUUCUGAGUCAACAUUCCUGGCCUGGUAAAGAACCUGAUCAGGGCUCUGGUGAACGAGCUGUAGCACCUCUUCUGCCUGUGAGCGAUUUGUCACUUCCUUCUGUAAGACUGGCACCAGCAGAAAUGCAGUCUCAGAGGAUCCCGGGGAGAAAGCGAGGCCGACCCCCACUUCACUCAACACCUAUGAAGAUGGCAGUUCAUAACCUUUAUUCUGCUUCAGCUGGUUCUUUACCAGCAGUGAAGAUCCCAAAGAAAAGAGGGCGGAAACCCGGGUACAAGCUCAAGUCUCGGGUUCUCAUGACGCCUUUAGCCCUCUCACCCCCGCGGAGCACGCCGGAGCCGGACCUCAGCUCCAUCCCUCAGGAUGCAGCCACCAUACCCAGCUUGGCAGCGCCACAGGCUCUCACAGUCUGCCUCUACAUCAACAAGCAAGCCAAUGCAGGGCCGUACCUGGAGAGGAGGAAGGUACAGCAGCUCCCCGAGCACUUUGGGCCCGAGAGGCCGUCGGCUGUCCUGCAGCAGGCCGUGCAAGCGUGCAUCGACUGUGCCCACCAGCAGAAGCUGGUCUUCUCCCUGGUCAAGCAGGGCUACGGUGGUGAGAUGGUGUCAGUCUCCGCGUCCUUUGAUGGGAAGCAGCACCUGCGGAGUCUGCCCGUGGUGAACAGCAUCGGGUACGUCCUCCGCUUCCUUGCCAAGCUGUGCCGAAGCCUCCUGUGUGACGACCUCUUCAGCCACCAGCCGUUCCCCAGGGGCACCAGCGCCUCCGAGGAAGCCCCUGAGAGCCAGGAAGACAGGAUGGAGUCAGCAAAAACGGUCACCACUGAGGAGUGCCUGGUGAACCCUGCGAGCAUGAACCGCUACAGCGUGGACUCCUCCUCCUCCGCCUUUAGCCACAGGGGCUCCCUGCCCACCUCCUCUUCGUUGUACUGCAAGAGGCAGAACUCUGGAGACGGCCACCUUGGGGGAGGCUCAGCCACCACAGUCGGUGGUCCCCAUACCAGCCCCAUGUCCUCUGGAGGCCCCUCAGCACCUGGGCUGAGGCCCCCUGGCUCCAGCCCCAAGAGAAACGGGACCUCUCUUGAAGGAAACAGAUGUGCCUCAAGCCCUUCUCCGGACAGGCAGGACACCCGGCGGCCAAGGAGCAGGAACCCCUCUACCUGGUCCGUGGAGGAUGUGGUCUGGUUCGUGAAAGACGCAGACCCGCAGGCUCUGGGGCCCCACGUGGAGCUCUUCCGGAAGCAUGAGAUUGAUGGCAAUGCCCUCCUGUUGCUGAAGAGUGACAUGAUCAUGAAAUACUUGGGCCUAAAGCUGGGACCUGCACUGAAACUCUGCUACCAUAUUGAUAAACUGAAGCAAGCCAAGUUCUGAAGGUAUUUAAAAGACAGAAGCAAAAUCCAGACAGCAGACCUCCAGAUCAUCUUCUGCCUUAACAACAUUUGCCACCAUCACAAAGAUCCUCUCCUGAAAAAGAACAGCCACAAAGACUUGGUCUUUUUAUAAAACUCAUGCAUCUUGACCUUUUAAAAAAUUCAACAUGGCCCUUUUGAAAGGUUCUUCUGUGUUAAUGAUUUGCCAAAAAAUUACAAAGAAGCCUGUUACUUUUAACAUUUCUGGUAGGUUGGUUGCUCUUAGGGUGGGUGCUGUUUUUAUAAUGAGACUGUGGGGAACUGAGUGCUAUCACCCAAGGAGGGCACUGGAGACGUCCAAGGAUGUGAGAAGAACCUUUGUCCCUGCAGGCUCUGCGGGGACGCCCACCGCAGCACUACCUGUCUUUAGCUCUGACUUGGGGACCCUAUCAUUGUCAGCCUUGCUUAAUUCAGCUCUGGAAGCUGUCUUCUGAGGAUAAAUGCCUCACCUUGCACUAUCUGGAAAACUUGAAUUCUUUUGCUCUCUGAAAGAGAAGGAAAAAAAAUCUUUUCUAUUCCUAGUUAUCUGAAGUACUGUCUUGCCCCACUAGAGGGCAGACUGCUAAUGUAUUUUCGGGACCCUCACUUCAGCAGCCUGAUAUUCAGUACCCAGUGGAUGGAUUAGGGUUUCUGUGAACAAGACCUAGCCUACACAGACACAGGGAAUUUAUUCCACAGUCAGCACCACAGAUUGCAACGUGGGAAGAAACCGUCUUCUAGAAGGUUCUAGUUCAUAUCCAAUCAUUACUGACUGACUGAGGUGCACCAGCAGCAAAGUCAAGAAUUUGGAAGCACGUUCUUCCCAGAUGGGGCUUUGGAGUUCCUUCCCUUCCAGAGUCCUUACUGAGGUGUCGAUGUAUUGGCAUGCCGGAGAGCUUAGUGACAUUUAGCCAUGGUGUUUCUUUUAAAAAGAAGAAAGAUGUCUCUACUAAGCUUUGAAAUGGGAGAGUGUUGAUUUCUAGUUACAUUGUGGGAUUAUAUAGUUGUAUGUGUGGCUAAUUUUAAUAAUAAUAGCAUGUACACAGCCAUGCUAUUAUUGGGUUUAAUUCAAUUUACAAAUAGGUUUUCCUUUCUCACCGUGGAGUAAUAGAAAAAAAUUGAUUUCUACCCUUUUGCAGCUGUGUCCAGGGACGGACAAUGAAUCCACAAUUUACUAGGCAGAAGGGCAGCCUUGUCUCCAUUCUUCUUUUUAUCCUUUUCCUUGCUCUCUCUCCCUGUCUCUUUUUUCCUUCCUCUCUCACUGAAUAGGAAACAUAUCUUCAAAAUGAUUUCGCCUUUGCCUUGGGCAUGUCCUCUUCCUUAAAAAACAUCCGAAGUGUUGUAGGGGAGGAGAUGAAUACUAGACUUUGUGAUCUCUGGGAGAGGGAAGAUCAAGGGCCACUCAGGGCCUCCCUUGGCCCAAAUGCAAACCAGAAAAGGCACACCAUCCUCAGGAUGCAGCCUGGACGGGCGUCUUGGCCAGUGAGUGGAGCAGGGUGGGAUUGCAGCCUUCUCACCCCUCCACCAGGUGACCUUGUGCAGGACAAGACCUGUACAAACUUGAGGGCAACCCUGGGUAGAUUUGUAUAUUGAUCCUCUAUAAAUCAGUUAGAACUUGGAUGAGGAUCAUAAGAAACAUUCCAUGCCAUGCUCUUAGACCCACUUUGAUGAGUGAUAUUUGAGAAAGAACAUCAGAGCAAAAUCCUUUUUAGACACGCAAAUGGUGGCGGACUUAAAGCGUGACAGAAAAGGGAUAGAGCAGAGUGUCCGAAAACUGUCCAUGGAACUGAGCUUAUCAGGCUGUGGAAGAGCUGAAUGUCGGUUGGUCCCGGCACCUGACAAAACUACCCUGAAUCAGGCCUUGGGACAGCGUCUUCAAGAUUUUGAAACAAUAAAUUGACUCUGUCCCUCAAAGUUUGUAAAUCGUGAAGUGCUCACUGCUGAUCUGGAGUUAGAUAGUUGCCCUCAAAAAACCAUGGAUAGUGUAUAUAUUCAGAAUGGCCAGUGUGAAAACAGUGAGAUCCGGAAAAAUCCCACAACAGCCUAUGUUUCUCACUCCACCAUUUUUGCUCAAUCCUCUGAAACUUGUGGUGCCUCUUGCAUCCACAUAUACCUCAUAUAGAGAUUUUCAAAACUUUCUACCGUUCUUAGUAGUGCCUCCCUCAGUACAAACACAUCAACAUUGGUGCCGCCAAAUCAAAAUCAUCUGCAAACAAUGUCAAGGAGAUACUCGGAGUAGUUUUCAGGGGAGACAGAUUUUCCCAUCUCAAGUCUAGGAGAAAACUGGGUCCACGUUCAUGUGGAACUGCCCUCACAGAGAUGCUAUCUCAUUUUGCAUUAAACUUUAAGCAGGACAGAUUGCUGAAACCAUGAUAUUUAAGGUUUGACUUUUUAAAAAUCUCAUUACUCUUGAAAUGAAUGCUGCCACAUCAGAGAAUAACCUAAGGAGGAAAUUCUUCCUUGCCUGUUUUUGCACUGAAAUGCAGUUAGCCGACCAAAUUAUUGUUGCAAUACUGCAAUUAAAUUAAUUUUCACCCCUUUCAAAAAUCUUGUCAAACCAGGCAGCUAAAUAGCUUAGCAAAUGUAAAACAUGCCAGGCCAUCUCCUCUAAACGGACCUUACAGAGUCAUGCAACGUGUGUCAUUCUCAUCUGAAUGGGAGCUUAUUUGGCGGCCCUUGAACUUGUACAGAUGUGUUACUUGUUAUUCCAUGGCAGUAGAUUUGCUCCAGGUUGUGGUAAACAAUGAUAUAGUUUUGCAUAAUUUCAAAUUAGUGUGUGUGUGUGUGUGUGUGUGUUCAUGUUCCAAACAUUUCCAAUUACACUUGUCUGUUAAACACUUUAAAAAAAAAAAUCUAGAGACAGUUCUAUUGCCUAAGGCAUUUAAAAUAUUUUAUGAGGCACAUUAUUCCCUUUGUGAAGACUUCAGGUAAAAGAAGUGCAUUUCGUCUGUGUGUGUGCGUGUGUGUGUGUGUGUGUGUGUGUGUUUCCUGACACUGUAGUGGGUGGGAGUGUAUCAGCUUUUGCAUUUGCUUGGUUUCAAAUGCCUUCCCAGCUUUGUAGCACUGAGGCAGAACCCUCUCUAGGCUGUUACUGCGAAGUAUCCCCUCUAACACCAGCAGGGUGCGCCCUGGAGGCAGCUGGGGGACAGUGCUGGGGUUCUGGGCCUGCCCAGGUCAGGUGCUAACUGGACUCACCAAGCCAGCCCAGGCUCUGCUCCGUGUCACUAAGGGGACAGGCCUCGCCAGGGAGCCCAGUGGGCUGGUUUAGUGCCCACCGGAGCUAUACCACGCUUCCAUCAUUUCCCUUCAGCAGGGCUGCCUCGUAUUUUCCUUUACAGCAGGAGAAAGGAGUGGGGAGCUCCUCAGGAAAACCAAAUAGGAUAUUAAAAUACACUGGGGAGGAAUACUGCAUGAGAAGGAAACAGUAAAGAAGGGAAGACAAAAAUAACUGUCCUAGGAAGACGAUAAGAGAGCACCUCUUCUAACAAGCCCAACCCUUUAAGCUACAAUAACCUAUUUUUGUAUUUAUGUGCUGUAUGGAAGAUUUCUUAUUUUUUUUAAAUUAAAAGUAUGUUUUUUUAUUACUUUCUGAGAUUGUUUUAGGAGAAUUUUGUCAUAGCUCUGAAGAUGAUUGGAAGUGCCCAGAAGUGACCAGGGACUUGAAUUUAGUCAUUGUCAGAAGGUCCUGAAAGAUGGAGAUACUCUGCUUUCUUUCUAAAGAACUAGCCAGGUUUCCAUAUGCGUGAGCGGGAGGUGAGUGCUGUGUGACAUUUGCUCUGAUCCGGUGCUUUUUCAACUCUUCUCCAAUGGGCUUAAGAGGAGGAGGAGGAGAUGGGACUCAAGUUUUUUUCCCUUAAACCUCAGAUAACAAGACAGGCAAUUGGGAAGGAGGAGAUGAUUUUUCAAAACUGCAAUAUUUUGUUAAGGAGAGGGAUGAACACCUGUCCGUGGGCAUGGUUUAUUUUUUGUUACAAACUCAUUCCAAGAACUAGGUAGCUGCCCAUCUCUGCUGUGGUCUUGCCACGUGCCAUGUUCCCCGUGGCAUGAGAUGACCGUGCUGAGAAGCCCAGCGGUGAGCCCAGCAGAUGGUCCGCUGUCUAGAGGUACAAACAGCCCUGUUCCCAUCUUGUGAUGUCACCCCAGUGGCUACUUUCACAGGACUCCCGGCCGUGCUGCCCCGGGAAGAGGGCUGGGAGCCUCAGCUUCCAGGGUCCCCUUCCCUCCAACCAUUAUCCUAAUCGAAGACGAUUCCUUCAUGGACAAUUGGAAGCUGGAUUUUUGGAAAUCUAGCAUUUACUUGAAAGAGAAUUGUUCUUAUUUAUUGCCACCAGUUAAAUAUUAUGGAAACAUGUCUGCUAACAAUUUGCUUUGUGUAAUUUGUUCUAAUGCUAAUAAGCAACAGCUGGGACACUUCCUGUGGUAAAUUCCUCUGUGGUUACAGUGGUAUCAUCACAUAUGGACUUCACCAAAUCACUGUACUUGAGAAGAACGCUCACUCUGGCUCUCCUAGGCUGCAGGAAAUUCCCCUAACUUAGAAGCAGUUCUGGGCAAAAGUGUAUUUUUAGAGGAGGAUUUUUGCUUUUCUUUGCUCCCUGCUUUUCUAAACAGGGCCCCAGACCUGUGCUCUUAAAAUCCUACAUAGAGAGCCUGGGGUUCUCCUCACACUCAGCAUUGAGCUUGAUUUCCUCCAGAGGAAAAACAGCAAGCAGAGCUAAAGAAUGACCCUUUCCUCCAGGUCAGUGUGCUGUACCCAUAGUUGAUAUGGGGCACAAGAAGGGUGGAGAUGCAUCCGAGAGCCAAGAGCUGCUCAGCAGUUGGUUAAGUAAUGAUAGCUGACAGUGUGGGCAUCUUUCCGUCCAAAGGGUCUAAAUUUACCAGUCGGACUUGCUCUGGGCUGCCAGCCCACCAUUCUCUGCUCUGUAGCUCGACCACAUGACCUGAGCCUUCGAGUUGGUUCCAUCUAUUAGAUGCUUGUUGUAAAGGCCAACACAAACGUCUUCUAUUGAUCGGAUUCUACUUCGGAACACAACCAAAGCCUUGCUUCUCCAAACAGCUCACUAAGGAACAGCAGACCCACACUGGGUGUCAUUUUACAGUAAGCACAUGUGACCAGAGGCUACCUCCAUCAUAAAUGUAGCAUCAUCAAACCUUAGGCAACCUCCACCUCCCCAUCCAGUGCUGGACCGCCUUCCGCACAGCCUGACCGCUUCUCAUUAGGGGGAGUUUACUCCCAUAGGAAGAGGCUUAUUUCUCUGUUGGACAGCUCUGGUUGUGAAAACGUUAUUUCUCAGGGAGACACAGAUGUCUGUGAAUCAGACACAGACGUUUGAGAUGAAGCCAACGUUGCAGUCUUUCUCUUUUUUAACAGAGCUUGUCCAUGCAGUAACCACACCUAUAAUACAAAUUGACAUUGGCGAAUAGAUCCCAGCUCCACUACAUUAGCGUAGAGGAGCAGACAGUGAAUAUCAAUGUGGGACUCAGAUAGGUCAUGGCCAUCAGAUUCAUCAGCCCUGUCCUGAAAAUCUAUCGAAAUUCCUGUGGUCUCACACACACAAAAAAAGGGUGUCCUGGGAGAAUCUUUAGUGUAGUUGUAAAUCUGGCUGUGGUCACAUAAGCAUGUGAGUUACAAAAGUUUGCAUGAACGAAUCUAUAAGUCCAUGCACCUCAUUAACUGGAAAAGAUGCUACGAGACAUGGAAGCCCUAUCUCUUAAUUGUACUCA